GCAACGGCAUGACCUUCAUUGUGCUGCCGCGCCGCAAUGCGCCCGUCGUGUCCUGCCACACAUACGCCAACGUGGGCGCCUGGCAGGAGGUGGCGGGCUGCACGGGUAUGGCCCACCUGCUGGAGCACAUGGCGUUCAAGGGCACCCCCCGGGUGGGCAGUCGUGACUUCCCGCGCGAGGCCGCCCUGCUGGACUCGGUGGAUGAGGCCUUCUACGAGCUGCGGUCCGCCCAGUCCGCCCCCUCCCCCACCUCCUCCGCCCGCCUGGCCGCUCUGAGCUCCCGGCUGCAGCAGCUGCAGGCGCGGGCGGGGCAGCUAGCAGAGCCCAACGCAUUCGGGGCCCUGCUGCAGGCCGCCGGUGGUGUGGGUCUCAACGCCACCACCUCGCACGACGCCACGCGCUACUUCGUGAGCCUGCCCGCCAACAAGCUGGAGCUGUGGAUGGGGCUGGAGGCGGAGAGGUUCAGGGCCCCCGUGUUCCGCGAGCUCUACUCGGAGAAGGCGGUGAUCGAGGAGGAGCGGCGGCUGAGGGUGGACAGCACACCCAUGGGCAGGUACCAACAGGACUUCUCUCUGGCCGCACUGGCCAACCACUACCGCCGCCCCGUCAUCGGCUUCGAACAGGACUUCGCAGCCAUCGGGCGGCGGGAGGUGCAGGCCUUCUUCGACACCUUCUACGGCCCCGCCAACCUCACAGUGGCUCUGGUGGGGGAUGUGCAGCCGGAGCAGGUGCACAGGCUAGCGGAGCGCUACUGGGGCGAGUGGGAGGGGCCGCCGGGCUACCAGGUGCAGCCCCGGGGCACGUCCAUCUGGGGGGUAGCGCAGGAGGGAGGAGGAGCAGCAGGAGCAGGUGGUGGUCAGCAGCCGGCCACGCCUGAUGAAGGGGCGUUGGGGCCUCUGUGGGGUGCUGGAGAGGAGGAUCCCCGGCCGCAGAUGCUGCCCCUGUCGCGCCGCGUGCUGCCAAGCAAGUAGUCCUCCGCUGCGGCUGCUGCUGCUCCUGGG